AUGGUCUCGUGGUUCAAUAAGAAGCAAGACGAUACUGAGGAGCCGGGAGCUUCUCGGUCCCGGUCUCGUGAUGACCGGUCACCCAAUGCACACGCAUCUGCACCUCAUUAUGAGGAGCCGACGGAACGCACCAGACUGAUUCAACAAACGAAUGAUCCCGGAUAUCUGAGUCCAGAUGACCCUGCGGUCUCCCCGUAUAAUCUAUGGAGCGUUCGUGCAUUCCGAGCCCUGUCACUGCUAGCUCUCGCAGCAAGCUUCGUGUGGUGGACGUUCUUGCUGGUCUCGAUUUUCGUUAGCCCGCCACUGAUACACUCGCGAGGGUCCGGAUUCUUUGCAUUUGCCUACGUCACUCUCACCCUUGGCCAAUUGGCGCUGGGUCUGCUCUUUUUCGUCGUCCCGUCAAAGCCCAUGUCAAUAUGUGGUAUUAUACUCGCCGUCCUUUUGCUCAUCGAUAUGGGUAUCAUCCUCGGUGUGGGUGGCAUCCGACGGGAAGAAGGCUGGGUCGGUAUCGGCUCCAUCGUGUGGGCGGUUCUCAUUUCGUUCCACCAGGUUUUCCAAAAUCAAGUGGUGACGUGGGGCAAGCGAGAGGAAGAGGAGCGGUUGACAGGUCGUGAGGAGACUCGUCGAUCUCUUCGCGAAUGGAUUGCCGUACUGCUGGAGUUGAUCAUUCUCGUGGUGAUGACGCUGGCAGCUGUCUUGUUCACGGCGACAUCAAUCUUGCGUGCGCGGGAUGCGACGCUAGAACCUCUCGGAACCCGCUACUCCGUCCAUGGAGACACUUACCAGGUCCACCUUGUCUGCGUGGGAAACCGCACCGAGGAUUCUAACGAGCCGACCCUUCUGCUUGAGGGGGACUAUGGCCCCGUCGAGCACGACCUGCAGCCAUUCAUCGACGACAUCUACCAGUACGGAACUAUUAGCAGAUACUGCUAUUGGGAUCGCCCCGGAUUUGGAUGGUCCGACAAUGCCCCCUCUCCUCAUUCCGCGGGCAUGUCUGCCGAUGUUCUUUCCGAGGCUCUUGCCCUUGCCGACGAAAAGGGCCCCUGGGUUGUGGUCUCUGCUGGCGUCGGCAGCCUGUAUUCGCGACUCUUCGCCAGCCGUCAUCUGCUGGAAGUGAGCGGCAUUUUCCUCAUUGACCCGCUCCACGAGUCGUACCUCUCCGACAUCGGUCAACCAAAGCGAGGGUUCCUCCUGUGGCUCCGAGGUGUCCUAUCACCGUUGGGCCUGGAUCGUCUUGCGGGUGCUCUCUUCAAGGGCCGAACUCGCGAGGACAGAGUCAUGGGCCGCUCGGCCUAUCAAACCGGAAAAUUCAUCAAGGCCAAGCUACAAGAGAACCUCGUCGCAGUCACCAUGACCUCUGCAGAGGUUCAAUCCGCCCGGCACAUCCAAAUGGGCAAGACACCCCUUGUCGUGGUCAGCUCGGGGAAGAAAAUGCGCGCGGAUUCCGAGUGGGCCAAGAAGCAGGAGGAUCUCUCCCAUAUCACCGAUGAAUUGUUGGCAUGGGAUGUGGUUCACGAUGCGCCCCAUGAAGUCUGGACCGACGGUGAGGGUCGACAGGUUCUUGAGAAGAGACUGAAGGAGAUUGUCAAGGCCAGUCGCAAGCCCAAGUUGUGA